AUGCAGGCAAUCGACCCGAACUGGCAAUAUAAUGUCAGUAAAAAGAUUGCCCAAUUAACAAAAGUUAUUUUUAGACUGCAUACAGAAGGAAUUGAUCGAAGAGAUUCGAUAGCAAAAUUAAAAAGAGCGCAAGAUAAGGAAAUAGAAGAAAUCAGAAAUGUUGUUGACCAACGAGUUCAAGAGUUUAGAGAUAAUUUAGCAAAAGAAUAUGAAGAAACGCAAAAAGAAACAAAAGAUAAAUAUGAAGAGAUGUAUAAUACAGUAAAAAGUCAAUAUGAAAGCGAAACUAAGAAACUACAAGAAAAAGCAGCCAGUAUAUCUAGUAUAACCAAAGAACAAAUUGAAGUUUUACAAAAACAAAUCAAAAAUUUAACUGACCAGCUCGAAUAUCAAAGAACAAACUUCAAGCAAUCACUCACUCAAGCAAGAGAUCACUUUUCUGAUACUGUUGAAGAGCUGAAGCAAAAGCAUCAACAAGAAUUAGAAAACGUUAUUACAGAAUCCAACUUAAAGUAUAAUAAACUUGUUGUAGAAUCAGCAAAAAAAGAAGACGAACUACGUGCUCAAAUGUCUGCUGCUGAUAAAGAGCUUGAAGCUAAAAAGGUUCAGGAAUUAGUGAAUCAAGUUUCGAAAUUAAAGACAACAAACUUAGAACUCGACAACAAUUUACGUGCAACAGAACAAGAGAAGAACAAACUUGCGAAAUCUAAUAAGCAAUUACAAGAAAAACUUUCAAAACUCGAAGAAAACGUUUCAAAAUACAAAGAUUCAUUAAAAUCUCAAGCUGCAGACAAAGAAGAGAUAGAGAACUUAAAGAAUAAAAUCAGGGCUGAACAGUCAAAGUAUUCUACAGACACACAAUCACUUAAACAACAGUUAGAAGAUACAAUUCAGAAAUUUAGACAAGAAAUCUCUGAAAGAGAGGAUUCAAGCAACAAAAUGAAAGCUUUACUUGAAAGUGAUAUAAAAAAACUCCAAGAACAAUUAAAGGAUAGCUCUUCGCAGUCAAAUGAAGAACAUAAGAAAAUUAUUAAAAAUUUGACAGACGAAAUCGAUCGUUUGCAGAAUAAAAUGUCAUUUAUGGAAGCAGAAAGUCAUAAAACAGAAGCCGAUCUACGCAGUAUGAUUGUAGAUUUGAAAUCUCAGCUCAGAGAUGUUGCAUCCAUCAACGAAAAGGCAAUUGAAGCAGAGAGGACACAAAGUUCGAAUUCCAUUGCAAUUAUUAUGAAGUCACAUGCCGCAGAAGUCCAAGAAUUAAAAGAUCAAAUUGAAGCAUUGAACAGAGACAGCAAAAUAGCCAUGGACAAUGCAAAUCUCAAGUUCAAGGAUGAAAAAGACGGCUAUAUGGCUCAGAUUUCUCAGUUAAAUAGUACAAUUACCCAGCUAAAGUCUGAAUAUGAAAGAAAAAUUUCAAAACUUGAAAAAGAAAAAGAAAAAGAAACAAAAUCUAUAUAUGAGAACAGCGAAAAUUCCAAGAAUUCUUUGAUAAAAGCGUACGAGCGACGCUUGAAAGCCUUGGAAGACCAGCUUGCUCUUGAAAAAGAACAAAUGAAAGUUAUGCAAGAGACACAAUUGAAACAACUUGAUGAAAAAUACACUCUUAGCAUACGCCUCAAUAAUGAGAAGCUCAAGAAAGAGUUCGAGGCCGAGAAAACAGACAGUUUGUCCCAGCAAAGAGAUAAUUAUGAACAUGACAUCAAAGAACUUAAGGACCAAAUAGAAAAUUUGCAACAUACUAAUGGUUUCCUUGAAGAGCAGAUUGGCCAGCAGAUGCACGAUUACGAAGAAAAGCUUUUGACUUUGAAAUCUCAAAUUAAGAAACUUCAGGAUGAGAAGAACCGUAUGGAAAAGGACUUCAAGAUGUCAAUGGAUGAGAAAGAUGUCAUUUUGAAGGGCCAACGUGAAGAAAAUAAUUCCGAAUUUAACGAAAAGUUGGUGGAAAUAGAAAAACAACAUACUGAAGAGAUAUUAAACCUUAAGAAAGAGUUCUCUAAGUCAAUGUCUUUGAGACAAAACGAAUUUUCCCAAAAAUCAAAAGAUUAUGAGACGAAAAUCAAAGAACUCCAAGAUAAUAUUGAUGCCUUGCACAAGCAGAUGGAUGAUAUGCACAAGAAACACUUCGAUGAAAUGACUGCUGCUGAGAAAAAGUUCACGGAUCUUCAGGAAACGAUGUCUGCUGUAGAAGCAAAUAUGCAACAGUCAUCAAAGGACCAAAUAAAGCUUCUUCAGCUUGAAAUUGAUGAUUUGAAGAAGAAAUAUCAGUUUAAUGAGUCACAUCAAAACAAAGAAAUUGAUAAACUCAUAUUGCAGAUACAGCAAAAUAAGGUGGAACAUGAGAAGAAGUAUUUGUCAAUGGAACAACAGUUUGAUUUGACUAAAAAUGAGCUGGAAUUGCAGAAAAAUACUCAAAUUUCGCUUUUGAAGAGCGAACAUGAGGUAAAAAUAGGUGAAAUGCAAAAGAAAAUUAAUGAUUUGGAGUUGUCUCAUAAGAAUGAAAUCGAUAACUUAAAUAAAGAGCAUGAAAACAAAUUAAAUGAAAUUGAUGACCAAAGAAAAGAGGAAUUAAAGAAACUGUUGGAUGAAUUUGAUGAAAUAGAAGAUGGUUAUAAGACAGAUAUAGGAAAACUGAAUGAAGAACUUGAAAAAACUAAAAAAGAAAAUUCAGAUUUGUUGAAGAAACUGGAUCUUAUGGGUUCAACCAUUGCAGAUCAACAGAAAAUCAAAGAGCUUGAAAAGCGCGUCUUUGAAAGCAACGACAUGGUUGCAAAAUUAUUUAAUGAGCUGAAACACUACCAGCAAGAAUUUGCUAAUCGUGAACAAGCGUAUAAUAAGAUAUUCAAUACGAAGCCACAGGUUGGAGUCUUAAAUGUUUUGGAGAAGAGAAUGAAAAGAGAUACUCUCGAUCGUUCUUUGCCUCCGCUAAGUGAAGCUAUAGAGAAGGCUGAAGCAAAAUCCAAGCGAGCUUCAACAGUAAUAUCAGCUCGCCGAUCAAAGCCAAAAUAA